UGUGUUUCCUACCUUCAGGUUUGCCCCAUAUCUACACCUUUGUAGAACAGGCACGGACCUGGCAUGAAGCACGGAGCUACUGCAGGACGAAGUACACCGACCUGGCCACGAUUGAGUCUGCGGAACAGAUGGCUCAGGUGCUGGAAGCUGGAAAGAAAUACUUUUACGGUCAUUUAUGGAUAGGACUGUAUCUCGACAGCAAUGCCUGGGAGUGGUCGCUGCAAAACGAGGACUAUUAUGGUGAAGGAGAGAAAAACUACAGGAUGUGGAAGCUUGGAGAACCCAGUAACUCUGGCGGAAUUGAGAACUGUGCGGUGUUAUUCAGCCAAGGCACAUGGAAUGACGCACCGUGCAGUAAUAUGUACUCGUUUGUCUGCAUUAAUGGAACGGAGGGUUCUUACAACUUUGUUAUGUCUGCUGAGUCCAAGUCCUGGAACGAGGCUCAGAGUUACUGCAGGGAACACUACAUUGACCUGGCCAGUGUGAGGAACCAACAAGAGAAUGAUCAGAUAGUCGAAAUGGCUAACGGCAAAGCAACGUGGAUAGGGCUCACCAGAGGCAAGUGGAAGUGGUCAGACCAGAGCCCCCUGUCAUUCAGACAGUGGAAUACAAUAGAUAACCAACCACGUGGCAACUUGUCUUUUCCCUGCGUGCUUCUACAUGAAGACAAAUGGGAAGGCGAAUACUGCGCAAGAAAAUUAUACUUCGUCUGUUUUGCCACAUUCGUGGAUAAGCAGUUGUUGCGCAUCAGAGUAACUAAAAACAAGUCUUCUUGGAACUUGGAGGAUGCAGCAGGUGCCAUCUUGCAGCAGAUGAAUGAGACGCUGUACAAACGCGACCACGCUUUGGGUAAAAAUACUAAGCUGGCUUGGAGGAAGCAGUCCGACGGUAAAAUCUUCCACCCAGAAUAAGACGUGGAGAGGGAAAUGCCUGAAGCGAUCUCUUUCAGCCAUACAGGAACUCAUCUGACCUAUUAACUGCUAAGUAAUGUUUGGUUAUUUUUUUCAUGUUAGCGUUAGAGUUUAUGUUCGUAGUUUGCCUUUUCAAUGAGUAACAUGCCAUUUGGAAACCUCUAUGUAUAUGAAAUUUGACUGAAUACCGACUUUUUAAAGAUUAUUUAGAGUCAUGCAUUCUUAAAAAACACAUGUCUGAAAUCAAAUAAGGAUCAUGCUAAAUAAUUCCAUAUCCCAAGACGCAGACAGUUUAAAAUCUGAGUGCAGAUAACUGUAACUGUAACCCUAACCCUAAUUGUCAGAAGGCAAAGUAACAGACAUAUAUAUCUAUAAUAUAUAUUUUUACCAUUGCAAGGCACUUGAAGUCACUUAUUUAGACAUUUAUUGUCUAGUUUAACUUAACUAGUUUAUCUUGAAUGAUGUGUUUUUUAAUCAGAUUUGUUCGAAUAUGAAUA